AUAGGUGUGUAGCUGCCUGACUGGUCGUAAAUAGUGAGUGUGAAACGCUACUCUGAACUGGUUGGGUAAUGCGGAAGUCCACACUUAUUUGCAAAAUUUGAAUUGGAAAUUAUUCCAGCAGUACUCCAAUAUAUUGUAUAAGUGAUCGGCAGAUAGUAGAGCAAGAAAGCGUUUGGUUGUGGUGGGUCAGGCAAAGUCAACUACCUACACAAAGGUAGAACGGAUGACCAUACAUGAACACUACCAGGAGUCAUUAGUUACGGUUGUGAAAUAACAGAACUCUCCAGAAGAGAUUGCUUUCAUGCCGCCUCGGAGAAUGAGCGACGUACUGAUCUGCUUCGGCUGCUGUGUGACAGAACAGCCACCGCCUACGAGGCGGAGAAUAGACAGAACCAUGAUAGGACUACCAACAAAUUUCAUCCACACGGGUCACAUAGGGUCGGGAGACAUGACCCCACAGCAAGAACUGAACGAACAAAAUAAUCAUUUAAAUUCUAUCCAGGUACAGAUGCAAUCAAAAGGCGGUUACAGUGGCAGCCCCGUUGUAGAAUUUCAGCGUAACGUCAUCGAUGUGCGAAAAGUACCCGCAAACGACAAUUAGAGAGUUCCUCUGCCCACUUUGUAUACAUCAAAGGAACGUUUGUACAGAUCUACUGAGCAUGCCCAGACAAUCCAGAGGCAAGUUUAUUCUGAGUCCGUUUCUAUCACACCAGCAGAGCUUUAUUGUGUUGUGUGGACGACAAGUGACACCUGCAAGGAUUGUGCGUUUGAGCUCCUUUGUUUUAAACCCAAUGGGGCAUGAUGUCCACGGCACCGCAUAACAAACUCAGAUCUCCAAGAGUGUGUCAGAUGGCAUAUAUGGCAACUGUAAAUGUAAAUACUAGACUAGCCAGGAGUCUGUUGACUAUUUUUGCUCUAGUGCAGUUGAAACUUGAUGCUUGCUGAGGGUGGCUCUAUUCUACACAAAACUGAUAAAAGAGACAAUAGAGAGAAAAAACAAAAACGAACAAAUUUGAAUGGAAAUUUUAACUUUUAGUUUUUAUGACAUCCAUUAUGUCUUCCAGAAUGCCGGUGGUGAAGGAUUACUUUUUUGCUGAAAACUUUGUGCAAUUUUUAAAGACAUUUGGCAUGAAAAAGAGUAGAAUGACAAUCUAAGGCUAAUAAUUUUGCUGUGAAGUUUAUUUUUAAU